CGCCCGCCUUCCAACCCGCCGAGGACAGCUCCCUGGCCUCGUAGUUCUCCCCCCUCCUCUCCGAACCGUGAUCCCUCCCCCCACACGUGCACCAUGGAGGCGAAUCAAUCCGACGAGCUUUACCCGAUUGCCGUCUUAAUUGACGAGCUCAAGCACGAUGAUGUGAUGCUGCGAUUGAAUGCCAUUCACCGCUUGAACACAAUAGCUCUGGCUUUGGGCGCAGAGCGGACAAGGGAAGAGUUGAUACCUUUUCUGGACGAGUCGGUCGAGGACGAAGAUGAAGUGCUCACCGCACUUAGCGAGGAGCUCGGCAAGUUUGUCGACUUUGUUGGAGGUCCCGAAUACGGACAUGUGCUCCUCUCGCCCCUCGAGAACCUGGCGGCUAUAGAGGAGCCGCUUGUGAGGGAGAAGGCCGUCGAGUCCCUCAACAAGAUCUGUGAGGAAUUGUCCCAGCAGCAGGUCGAGGAAUUCUUCAUCCCCCUCGUCACGCGCUUGUCCAAAGCAGAUUGGUUCACUUCCAAAAUCUCCGCCACUGGCCUAUACUGCGCCCCCUAUGCCCGAGCUACCCCGCCAUCGCAAGAGAGCCUCAGGCAGCAUUACGGACAGCUCGUGCACGAUGAUACCCCCAUGGUGCGAAGACAGGCAGCAAACAACCUCGCAAAAUUCAUAAAGUGCCAGCCCCCAGCCAUUGUCAUCGACGAGAUGAUUGGUCUGUUCCAGCAUCUUGCUGCAGACGAUCAGGACAGCGUCAGACUCCUCACCGUGGACAUCUUGAUUGCGAUCGCCGAGGCAGUGCCCAAGGAACAGCAAUCCAGCCACGGCGUGCUUCUCACUGCCCUGCGCAGCUUAUUCGAGGACAAGAGCUGGAGGGUGCGAUACAUGGUCGCAGACCGCUUCGAGAAGAUUGCGAAAGCCGUCGACGAUGAAGUGGUCAGCCGCGACCUGGUUCCUGCUUUUGUUAAGCUCUUGAAGGACACCGAGGCCGAGGUGCGGAGUGCUAUCGCGGGGCAGAUACCUGGCUUCUGCGCCCUUCUUGAACGCGAAACCCUCCUCCAAGAGGUCAUGCCGAGCAUCGAAGAGCUGGUCUCGGACCAAUCGCAACACGUUAGAGCCGCCCUCGGUACCCAGAUCAGCGGACUGGCCCCAAUCCUGGGCAAGGACGAGACCAUUUCACACCUCCUCCCCAUGUUCCUACAGAUGCUCAAGGACGAGUUCCCCGAUGUCCGACUGAACAUCAUCUCCAAGCUUGAAUCUGUUAACAACGUCAUCGGCAUCGAGCUCCUCUCCCAAUCCCUCCUUCCCGCGAUCGUCCAGCUAGCCGAAGACAAACAAUGGCGCGUCCGAUUGGCCAUCAUCGAAUACGUUCCGCUCCUUGCCUCACAACUCGGUGUUCAGUUCUUCGACGAAAAGCUCAGCAGUCUAUGUAUGAGCUGGUUGGGCGACACCGUCUUCUCCAUCCGUGAAGCGUCGACCCAAAAUCUCAAGAAGCUCACUGAAGUUUUUGGUGUGGAGUGGGCCAGCGAAGCCAUUGUUCCCAAGGUCAUGGCAAUGGGUCAACACCCCAACUACCUCUACCGAAUGACGACGUGCUUUGCUGUUUCGACCCUCGCACCCGCCCUCAACCUGGACGUGAUCGAAACGUCUAUCCUCCCCAUGAUGGACAAACUCGUCAACGACGACAUCCCCAACAUCCGCUUCAACGUCGCCAAGUCGUAUGCGGUCCUCAUCGAUACCCUUAAACAGCUUCCCGAGCAGGGCACCGUGUUAGCAUUGCAAAAGGCCGAGACACCCGGACAAGGAUGUGCAAAAGGACAGGACUUGAUUGUCAAGAGCAUCCUACCCAAUCUGGAGAAGCUCCAGCAAGACGACGAUGUGGACGUCCGAUAUUUUGCAACGACGGCGGCGCAAGGCUACGGCGACGCCAUGCAAUCGUAG